CGGUCGCGUUGCACUGAAACUAGAAGCUGCGACCAACACAUCCUCCAGCGAUGUCUUUGAGAUGUCGCUUUCCAGAUUGGGCUUGGGAGAAGAACAACUAAACAGGAGAACCAAAUCAGACUUCGGCGUCCACAGACCGAAGUUCCAGCACCUACAGUACCGUAGAAACGCUCUCCAUCCCACGGAGUCAAGUUGUUCAUCCACCGAGUCGGACCCCGACACCACACGCGGAGGUCUCCCGACCAACUUCGGGCUCAGGCGGUUGAGUUCUGCGCCUGGACUCGCGACCUCUCGCCGUGACAACACCCAAAGCCAGCUUCGUAGUAUAUGGCAACUUGCAGACAUCACAACCUCCGCUACAAACCAAGCAAGAGGCCCGAAACCCACCUUCGUAGUAGAGGACAUUGCCGAAGAGAAAGAAGACAUCGAACGUGAACGGUCUGACCCGGAGGUCAAGAUGAGUUCGAUGGAGGACGGCCCAACCAUCGUGUUAAACGAUGCCGAGGAGGCGUUGGUCCAAGCUAGUACUGACGCCAAGGAUCCUGUACAGAGAGACGACUGCAGAAAGGUGUCAUUUGGGGUCACAUCAUCAGAUUGUGACGGUCCAAGUCAGCAGGCGACACUCCCAUCCGACAGCAGUAACAGCAACAACAACAGCAACAGUAUCGGGUUGGACAGCGCGGACAGCAAAAAUUUACGAGUUAGGUCCCCAAAUGAAGAGUCACGACGCAGAAGUACGUCCACUGUCCUCACAAUGGAGCAGAGACAAGCGUUCAGGGAGGUGUUCGACCUUUUUGAUCGCACGGGAGGGGGGACGUUCGACGCCGAGGAGCUGGACGAAGCUCUCCGAUCGGUCAACAUCUGUCUGGACAAGGAGGAACUCGUGGACGUCAUCUAUGGCCUGGACAAAGACGGAAAUGGGGAGAUCGACUUUGACGAGUUUCUGGCACUGAUGACCAACACAGAACGGUUUCUAGAGAGCCUAGUGGAGGAGCACCAUCCUGACCAGGUUUCCGAUGCGGACCAUCAGAUCCUGGAGGAGAGAAGACAGCGGAAGGAGAGGGAGAGUCUUCUGUUCCAGGCGCUCACACAGUUCAUGAAGAAAUCCGCCAUCAUCGGAAUAGGGGAAAUUGUUGGGUACUUCCGUACGAAGUACAACAAGGCGCCCCACGUGGUCCAGCACUACGCCGCCGGGGCCAGGCUCAUAGGACUGACCGAGAAACAGCUGCACAUGCGGCUGGAGGACCUGCACGCCAGCUCCAGAGAACAUGACUCCGCCAGCCCCUAUGCACAGCCUCUGAACUACAAAUUCUGGUGGCCCACCCUGGAGAAAAAGAAAACGAAAAAGAAAGAAAAGAGCCACAGUAGGAUCCAUCUUGUCAAGUUUACGCACAACGUUAACGGACAGGGCAGGAAAGAACUGGCGACGACGAAGUCCCUGAGUGAGCGGAGGAGGGGUAAGGUGGGCUGGCAGAGCCCUCGGAUCCGCCACACGGCGAUCAAACUGCCCAUGAUGGAGCUGGUCAAGCAGCAACAGGACAAACUCAAGCGGGACCAGCACCUCACCUUCGACGACCUGCCACUUCUACGGAAAAACGUGACCAACGCCACGAAAAGCUACUACAACAGGCUGUGGUACGCUCGCACAAAGGAGUCCAAACGUCACUGGGAGAUACUCGACACAAACAGCAUUCAGUCUAAGUUCCUUCGCGACCAGUACGCAAGAACGUACGACAUCUACUCGUCCCCGGAACACCCUCGCCUGACGACCGGCAUCAGCACACAUCACAUGGCCACGCAGAAGAAACGCCGGGACAGCAGGGCAUGGGACGAGGACACAGAGGACACCAGGAGGGACAGACGAACCAGCAGUGUGGGGUCUUCUUCCUCCUGGCGGGAAAGUAGCUUCGUGGGGACUUCGGGCGUUGUUCGCCUGAGUUCGGGCGUUUCCGACGGUCGUCGGCCAAGCGUCGGCACCUCGGGAGGUGGUCGGCCUGGCGUCGGUACCUCGGGAAGUCGUCGGCCUAGCGUCGGCACUUCGGGAAGCCGUCGGCAGAGCUCGGAUAUGUCCGGUGGCAGGCUCGGGGAUCCGAACGCCACCGAUCGACGACCGAGCGCAGCUUUUAAAGAAAAGGGCGGGAUUUUGCCAACCCUCACAGAGGACAGAUAAACUAGUUCAAACCAGUCAUUAUAAAUAUAAAGUACCCACCAUUUUGUGUAACAAACUUGUUAAGAAUCAUAGAGCACAGUCCUAUCUCAACAUUUAAAGAAUUAAUACUUUAACAUGUUCUUCUGUACUAUUACAUUUGUAAUUUUCUUGAAACCGUGGGA